AUGUUGAGCUUGCUUACGCUAGUAGUGCUAGCUACAUUGACGACUGCCGCACAAGAAAGCGUUGAUCCUUGCAAGCGACAACCUUUCCGCGGUCGAUGCCCAGGUGUCAGUGGAGGACCACAAACCCGUUCUCAAUUCGUUCUUCGUUAUUACGUAAGAGACGACGAAUGCGUUUCAUAUCCAUUUGGUCAUUGUUCACGUGACAGAAAUGAACCCAAGCUUUAUCGAUAUAAGGAAGAAUGUGAAGAUGCUUGUUUACAUAAGAAAGAUUCUCCACGUGAGGAGGAAGGAACCCUUCUAACUGAAACUACUCCAUCAACAAGCGUUUCAACAAAAUUAUUGCCACCAAAAGCAACCUCAACAAGUCCACCCUCAGAUGUCAUAAAAACAGGUUGUCAAUUUUUGCUGUGUAACUUCAAAAAUUCCGAAAAUUUGUGCCUUUGUGAUACUAUAAUUUGUAUUUUUUUAGAGUGUGAAAAGCAGCGAGAUGCCGCGAAUAAUCAAAAUAGUAAGAGCUAUAUACCAAUAUGUACUUCAAAUGGCGAGUUCCAACCAUUACAGUGCGACAAAAAUCACCAGAAGUGUUUCUGCGUCGAUUCAAAAGGAAGUGAAAUUGCUUAUUCAAGGACAGACGCAAGGAAGAAGCCAAACUGCUUAAAAAUACUGCAGGCAAAGCAGCCGCCAAUCAAUGAGUGUUCAGGUUUACCUGAGCCAGGACCAUGUGCUUCAUCGAUUUCUCGGUGGUACUAUGAUGAGAAUGAAAAAAUCUGCAAACACUUCAAGUACUCAGGAUGUGGUGGUAAUGGUAAUAAUUAUGCUUCUAAAAGUUCUUGCGAAAAAAGAUGUGCUCCACUUACGAACGCUUUCAAGUGUCAUCUUGGAAAGGAGCCACUGAAAGGCAACAGUGGUGAUUUAACCGACUGUUCGAAAACACCUUGCCCUCGGGGUUACAAGUGUUCUACAGUUCAGCAGUCUUCGAUAUGCUGUCCCGAUGUUGAAAAAUUCAAAGUUCUGCAUUCAGGUAUUGAUCCUCAAGUGUGUAGCCUUCCAAAAGAAAGAGGACCAUGCGACAGAUACGAGUUGCGAUUUUACUAUAAUAGUGAUUUGAAAGAAUGCAAAUACUUCUUUUUCGGAGGAUGUGAAGGGAAUGGAAAUAACUUUGAGAAGGUCGAAGAUUGUGAGAGAACAUGCAUACAAGGCAGACCAACCUCGCCAAAAAGGAUAACUUCUAGCACUACAACAGAGACUUUAACUUCUAGAUCAACCACGACUCCUGCAUCUCUAAUAAUGAAUCGUUGUAUGCAUCCUAAAGAUCCCGGCGAUUGCAACGGUCAAUUUAUUCGAUGGUACUGGAACCAAAAAGCUAAAAUGUGUGAAGUAUUCACGUACACAGGCUGUAAUGGCAAUGGCAAUAACUUUGCGAGUAAAGAAGAUUGCACGGGCAAUUGUCACUUCACUGGCGCUUCUGACCCUUCAAACGUAUGCGAGCAUGAAAUAGAUUCUGGCGAGUGUACACAAUCGUUCCGACGAUACGCAUAUGACAAGCUUGAAAAUGACUGCCGAAUUUUUAUUUACAGUGGUUGUGGUGGUAAUGGCAACAAUUUUGCCACUGCGGCUGAGUGUAGGAAGCGAUGCAUUAAGUCAGGCAACGUUUGCGAUUAUCCAGUUGAAGUUGGCGAGUGUUCUGGUAUUUUUACACGUUAUGCUUUUGAUCCAUCAUCAAAGGAAUGUAGGAAGUUCACUUACGGAGGAUGUGGAGGAAACGGAAACAACUUUGCUACUAUUGAAGAAUGCUCGCGAACUUGCUUGCUAGGUUUAUCGUACUAUUACAAUAAUAAUAGUGGUAACUGUGAAGCUUUUAAAUACGGAGGAUGUGCAGGAAAUAAAAAUCAUUUCUUCACUCGCAAAGAGUGUGAAAUCCAUUGUGCUCGUUUCUCAAGUCGAGUUUCAGAUUUACAUUCAGCCGUUGAAACUACCACAUACUCUUCAAGUUCUGAAAUAGCUCGGGAGAUUGAGGAAGUUGAAAGAAAUGUGCAAGGAACGAACGGAGGUCGACCAGUAACAACGGUUAUUGAUCAGAGGACUAACCAAGUACCUCCGCGAGUCAAUAAUGGAGAUGUCUGUAUCCUACCUCCAGAUGCCGGCAGUUGUAAUGACUACAUACCACGGUGGUUCUACAACUCUCAGUCAGGACGCUGUGAACAGUUUUCGUACGGGUCAUGUGGCGGAAAUUCUAAUAACUUUUUAGAUCGUCAUUCAUGUGAAUUGCGUUGCCAGCCAGAUAAUGCGUUGGCAGAAUCACAAGUACCAUCCAGAUGUUCGUUACCGAAAGAUGAAGGUACCGGUGAUGGUUACAAUGUCAAAUGGUAUUUCAAUGUUCGUAAUCUACGGUGUGAGCAAAUGGUAUUCCGUGGAUACGGUGGUAAUGACAAUCAGUUUUCAACCCACGAAAGCUGUCGACAGUCAUGUGUUUGUAAGCCAUCUGUGCAUCGUCAACCAGAAGAAUACUUGAAGUUUUCCAAGCCAACAGAUGAAACUAUUGUUCGAGAACCGGCACCACCAACUGCUGCAGACAAAGACCUUUUCUAUCCUGAUAAAGGUUUGAUAAUGACUACAACUCAAGUGAUUUUUUGGUUACGUGAAAGAAAAAGUUUUGUGUCAAAGGUGUACCUAAAUAUCUUCCUUCUAGAAGUUUCGAAGGCAAAUAAUGUGAACUACCAGGAGGCAGCCAAAGGUCCAGCACCACUACCAUCUUUUGAAGUGCCUCCUGUACCACCUUGCGCAAAUGGGGAACGACCAGUUACACAGCGUGAUGGUAGUCCCCUGCUUUGUCUGCCGGGAAAACAUCAAUGUCCUCAGAACUAUGAAUGUUUCUUCAAUGGCAUUAACUUCUUCUGCUGCCCCAACGCUGAAGACCCAUACGAUAAACAUGUUUUUGGAGGUAAAAAAACAUUAACAAAUCAUAUCAUCAUAACGCAUUUAAGCUUCAUACAAAUACAAGUAUGUAUAUGGGCCAUUCCAUAUUUUUUUCAUUUUUUGCUGAUUAGCAGAGUAUGGCAGCAAAGAAAAUCCGGAAAAGUGAAUUCCCCGCCAAGUUACACCCCCUUCAAAGUUGCAAAAUUUGCCAAGUUGCCGCCUGACACGCCUAUUUUUGGAAGCUUGUAA